AUCCAUUACAACAUUUCAACAACGAAGAGGAGUUCAUACGUAUUCCUCUUCCUAUCUAGAUUCUUACUUUCUACUGAAUUUAUCUUUGUCGGAUCCAAAACACCAAAAGUGAUAGCAAGUCAUUGUUCUACUGGAUUAACAGAUGCCGACGUCUUCGUCCGCCAAGAUAUUGAUUCACGGUUUCAUUAAGGGGGUUCGUGCAUGGCCUUGAGCGAAGGUGUUUUGUUUCGUCUCUGCUUUUUCUGGAUACCUACAAUCCACUACCUACGAAAUACCUAAAGGCUAAGGUCACCUAACAACUUCACUUUCGUAUCUCUUUAUCCUCGUCACAAACUCAUUGUAUCGAUAAACACCAACUCCUUCCCGUUCCCGUUCCGAGGUUUGCGGGGCGUUUUGAAUAACCCUCACUCAAUCUCACAAUGAAGCUCACCCCUCUAGUCGGCCUCGUUGUCGGUGGCCUUGCUGGGCUAGGCACUGCAUCUGUACAACGUCGGAAUUUCGACUCCAACGAUUACUACGUUCUCCAUCUCGAACGCGAUGCGCAACCCGAUCUAAUCGCAUCCCGCCUAGGCUUGAGGCACGAGGGCCAGUUGGGCCAACUUCCUGGUCACCAUAUCUUUUCCACCUCCAAAGCCGAGGUUGAUAUUGUACGGCGCGCAGUUCAAGAUCGUCGACGGAAGCGCUCGCUAGGCGGCGUGGACAUUAUCGACGGUGUAAAAGCCUCGCAUAAGCAAAAAUUGCGGGCUCCUAUGCAAAAGCGAAUUAUCCCGCCUCCUCCAGCCGGCUAUACCCCCCCGAAGCGAGCAGACCAGCCCGAUGCGGCCACGGUGGAGAAGCAGAAGUCAGUGAUGCAGACACUCAGCAUUUCCGAUCCGAUUUUCAACGAGCAAUGGCAUCUCUUAAAUACAGUUCAACUAGGUCAUGACGUAAAUGUGACAGGUGUUUGGCUUGCGGGAGUCACGGGCAAGAAUGCGACAGUAGCUAUUGUGGAUGAUGGGUUAGAUAUGUACAGCAACGACUUGAAGCCGAACUACUACGCUGAGGGCAGUUACGAUUUCAACGAUCAGAGACCCGAGCCUCGCCCGACUCUAUCCGACGAUAGGCAUGGUACCCGAUGUGCCGGUGAAGUCAGCGCUGCGAGGAAUGAUGUGUGUGGUGUCGGUGUCGCUUACGACUCUAAGAUUGCCGGUAUUCGAAUUCUUAGCAAGCUCAUCAGUGACGCGGACGAGGCUGAAGCCAUGAACUACGAUUUCCAACACAAUGACAUAUACUCUUGCUCCUGGGGUCCGCCAGAUGAUGGAAAAUCAAUGGACGCCCCCGGUCUCCUAAUCAAGAAAGCUAUGUUGAACGGAGUGCAGAAUGGGCGCGGCAAGAAAGGAUCUAUCUACGUUUUUGCUAGUGGCAAUGGCGCUGCAAGUGAGGAUAACUGCAAUUUCGAUGGUUACACGAAUAGUAUAUACAGUAUCACUGUUGGCGCGAUUGAUAGACAGGGGGCACAUCCUUACUACUCGGAGAAGUGCUCGGCCCAGCUUGUUGUUACCUACAGCAGUGGCAGCGGAGACGCAAUUCACACGACUGAUGUCGGCGAAAACCAAUGUUAUAAUGGACAUGGCGGUACCUCUGCUGCCGCGCCUCUAGCUGCUGGUAUCUUCGCCUUAGCCCUCGAAGUUCGACCCGAUUUGUCCUGGAGAGAUAUGCAGUAUAUCGCCUUGGAGAGUGCGGUACCCGUUGACCUAGAUACUGGCGAAUGGCAACCUACUACUAUCGGCAAAAAGUACAGCCACACAUUUGGCUACGGCAAGGUCGACAGUUGGGCUCUUGUGGAGAUAGCAAAGACUUGGAAGAAUGUUAAGCCUCAAGCAUGGUAUUACUCUCCAUGGCUGCACGUUCGCAAGGAGAUUCCUCAAGGUGACCAGGGUUUGUCGGUUAGCUUCGAAGUCACGCAAGACAUGCUCAAGGAGGCCAAUUUCGAGCGUCUGGAGCACGUUACUGUCACAAUGAACGUGGAGCACACCCGUCGCGGAGAUCUGAGCGUUGAUCUUAUUAGUCCUAACAACGUGAUCAGUCACUUGUCAGCUACGCGUAAACUGGAUACUAGCACUGAGGGUUAUGACGACUGGACUUUUAUGAGUGUCGUUCAUUGGGGUGAAUCUGGAGUUGGUAAAUGGACGCUUAUUGUACGCGAUACCAAGGUCAACGACAACACUGGCAACUUCACCGAUUGGCAUCUGAAGUUGUGGGGCGAAAGUAUUGAUGCCUCCAAAGCUACGUUGUUGCCUAUGCCUAGUGAGGAUGACGACGCAGACCACGACGUGACUAGCACCACCACCGUACCUGCUGCCACAACCAGCUUGCCUCCUAACCCGGAAACCACCAACACCGUCUUACCCACUUCUCUUCCGUCUGAUCAUCCCGAGCGACCUACAAAGCCUACUCAGACCACUAGCGGAAGUGUCGCCACCCCGACAAGCACUGAAACAGCGGCGGAGACCACUGCCCCGAGUUCUUGGCUACCAUCAUUCCUUCCCACCUUCGGCGUCUCUUCUAGCACUCAAGCUUGGAUCUAUGGUGCCCUCGGCUUGAUUGUAGCCUUCUGCGCCGGUCUAGGCGCAUGGUUCUGGUUCGUGCGCCGCAAGCAACGCCUCAACAACCCCCGUGACGACUACGAAUUCGAGCCUCUCAACGCCGACGAUGGUGGCGAGGGUCUCGGUGCGACUGGUGAGAAGGGCCAGAAACGACGUGCCGGUGAGCUGUACGAUGCCUUUGCGGGCGGCAGCGAAGACGAAGCAGAAUCGUCAGAGACCGAUCACUUCAGCAUAGCCAGCCACGAUGAGGACGAUGAUGACGAUGACCACGAGCGAAGGCCGGGUCAUGUCGAGAAGCAGAGCUCUAGACUGCUAGGCGACAGCAGAUAGGGUCUCAGGUGGGAUAGAGAAUUCUGGUAAAGAAAGAAAAAUAGCAUCGCUCGUCUCGGAAAUUCAAUCAUGGCAUCGGUUGGGAUGUGGAUACAUCGACCCUUCCCCCCCCUAGAGAUUCAUCACCAUAAGCAUACCACUGUUUGCCUUUACUGCUGCUCUUGUCGUUUCUGUAUAUAUAGGCAUACUUUUCGUAGUAUCGACAUAUGGCAUGGUCCGUACGGCGUUCGGGAGUAUUAAAUAGAUGUAGGCUUUUAAAUAGCUAUUUUUGCUAGGUAUUGAUUGAUUGGUUGAUUUCGUCA